GGCCGGUUGCUAGGCUCCGGGGGCCGGAAGUCCCGCCUGUCUUGUAGUCGCCGCCGCCGCCGCCGCUGUCGUUGUUGUUGUAGUUGGUGCUCUGAGCUCCGCGGCUCCGAGAGCCGGCUGCGUCCCUUCCCCGCCGCCGCCAUGAAGUGGAUGUUCAAGGAGGACCACUCGCUGGAACACAGAUGCGUGGAAUCUGCGAAGAUCCGGGCGAAAUAUCCUGACCGGGUUCCGGUGAUUGUGGAAAAAGUCUCAGGCUCUCAAAUUGUUGACAUUGACAAACGGAAGUAUCUAGUUCCAUCUGACAUCACUGUGGCUCAGUUCAUGUGGAUCAUCAGGAAAAGGAUCCAGCUUCCUUCUGAAAAGGCAAUCUUCCUGUUUGUGGAUAAGACAGUCCCACAGUCCAGCCUAACUAUGGGACAGCUUUACGAGAAGGAAAAAGAUGAAGAUGGAUUCUUGUAUGUGGCCUACAGUGGAGAGAACACUUUUGGCUUCUGAGGGCCAGUGCUGGGCUGGGCGCCGUUCCUGCCCUGUGUCUGUCGAUAGCCGGCCGUCUUCACAUAGACCUACCGGUGCAUUUGUAGCUGGAUUCAUUUCUUAAUAUAUUGGAAGGUUCUGUUUCCUUAGACUAGUAAAUUAUCAUACAGACUUUUAUUUUGAGUUUUUCUUUUUGUGCACUGUCCUCAUGGCUAUACUCUCCAGGGAACUUGUUCCUCUGGGAAUCAUAUUUAAUGAAGAUAUUUCCAUAUUGAAGUGAGGGAGGUGGGUAUUAAAGUGAAAGGGAGGGAGAUGACGCAUUUAUUCUGGAUUAUGUUUGAAGUGUUAGAUGGCUAAGUAUUAAAAGCAUCCAAAUUAAAUCCUUAGCAAUCAGAACACUUGCUUCACUAGAUUUUGCUAACUGCCAAUCAUGUUGGAGUGAGCUAAUCUGUUCUUCUUUCUGAAACUAUUAAGGUAAAUAAUUAACAAUAAAACUUCCUCUUAUAAAGGC